AUACAGGAAUUCUUAGUUUUAAACAUUUAGCCAUUCCAUAUUUAUCGUAAACAAAUACUGAAAAACCGGAAAACAAACAAACCGAGUCGAUGUCUGUACUAUCAUCAGUGUCUGUACUUCCUCGUGUUUCGACAGGUUUGUAAACAUUUUCACCUAGGAGUUUCACUGGACACACCUGUUCGCGCUCCAGUUCACCGGUACAUAGCUAGGAUUGUUUACACACACAUACCUGUGGCUGUAAUCAUACUACCUGGCUUAGGCUGUAGCUGAAUCGAAUUUUGCAAUAUGGCGUCAAUAGAAAAACUAAGGAGUAAACUAUUGGAGAGGGGUUCUUCUGCCAUACUAGGCUUUGGAAGGUUAUUCAACAUCGUCGACCGAAAUCGCAGCCAAUCCAUCGACAUAGACGAGUUUGUGCGCUGCAUCGAGAUAUUUCAGAUCGACAUGGGGGACUCCGAGAUCAGAGCACUAUUCAGUAGCAUGGACAAAGAUGGCAGCGGCAAGCUCAGCUACAAAGAAUUCAUCACAGCUCUCCGGCCUCCCCUUAAUGCCUCGAGGUUGUCCUUCAUUGACAAAGCUUUUGGUGUGAUGGACGGGACAGGCGACGGAGUGGUCACUGUAGAAGACUUGAAGCUGAGGUACAAUGUCCGUUUCCAUCCCAAGUUUGUGUCCGGAGAAUGGUCAGAAGACAAGUGUCUUAGGGAGUUUCUGGACAGCUUCGACUCGGAAAAAAACAAGGACGGUGUUGUGACAAAGGACGAGUUCGUGGACUACUACAGUGGAGUGAGUGCCUUUAUAGACUUGGAUGUAUACUUUGAGGAAAUGAUGAUAAAGUGCUGGCAACUGUAGACUAGAAGGAACAAUAUUUGGAUGUUUCGGAUUUUCUAUCAAAUUAUGAAAUAUAUAUACAAAUUAUAUUUAUCAUAUAGUUUUAUUUAUAAAACUUGUUUCAGAACAUCUAAACACAUGGAGAAAAGAGAGAGAAAAAAUAAGAAAUAAAAAUUCACCUCAAACCUAA